CAACCCUCUCCACCCGAGACUUGGGCAGCGACCUCGGCAGACUAGCGUCCAUCUGUGCUUCGGAGCCAGCAAGGGAGCUCGGGGGCCCCGGCGGGCCGCGUUCCUCCGGGAUGCGAGCCCCAGUGCAGACGCCCGGCAGGGGCGGGCAGCCGCGAGGCUUUUCCAGGCGCACAGGGUUGCUGCUGUUCUGGGGGGCCCGGCGCCCGGCUGUGGCCAGCCUCGCUGGCCCUUGAGGCCGCUGACCUGGGCGCGCCGCCGCUGGGCUCCCAGAGCUAUAUAUCUGCGGCACUCUACUUAUCCACGGAACCUCCUGAGGUCUUCCCAGGCUCAGACCCAUGGAGCCCGCGGUGCUGGCUCCGCACAACCUUGCGCACCACGAGCCAAUCAGCUUCGGCAUCGAUCAGAUUCUGAGCGGCUCCGAACCCCCGGGGGGUGGCCUAGGCCCGGGUCGUACCGGCCAGAGCCACAGCGAGAGUGCGGCAUUCUCGGGUGGAUUCCACGGAGCCUCGGGUUAUGGCCCUGCAGGUUCUCUGGCCCCGCUGCCCAGCAGCUCCGGAGUGGGCCCGGGUGGCGUGAUCCGCGUUCCGGCUCAUCGCCCGCUGCCAGUGCCGCCGCCCGCGGGAGGCGCCCCUGCGGUGCCUGGGCCCUCGGGUUUGGGCGGCGCCGGGAGCCUAGCUGGACUCACCUUUCCAUGGAUGGACAGCGGCCGACGCUUGGCCAAGGAUCGGCUCACCGCAGCGCUGUCGCCCUUCUCUGGGACGCGCCGCAUAGGCCACCCUUACCAAAACCGGACCCCCCCGAAGCGGAAGAAGCCGCGCACGUCCUUUUCCCGCUCGCAGGUGCUGGAGCUGGAACGGCGCUUCCUGCGCCAGAAGUACCUGGCCUCGGCCGAGAGGGCGGCGCUGGCAAAGGCCUUGCGCAUGACCGACGCACAGGUGAAGACCUGGUUCCAGAACCGACGCACCAAGUGGCGGCGCCAGACCGCAGAGGAGCGCGAGGCCGAGAGGCACCGCGCGGGUCGGCUGCUCUUGCACCUGCAGCAGGACGCGCUACCACGGCCGCUGCGGCCGCCCCUGCCGCCGGACCCGCUUUGCCUGCACAACUCGUCACUCUUCGCGCUGCAGAAUCUGCAGCCUUGGGCCGAAGACAACAAAGUGGCUUCUGUGUCUGGGCUUGCCUCGGUAGUGUGAGCUUCGCCUGCUGGAUCCGCCGAGCUCUCUUUACGGGACCAAGGCGCCGCGUGGAACGCCCGUUUCGGGUAGUGGAGCGCGGCUGCUUAGGCCCAUGGUUUCCUGGCAGCCGGGUGUAUGAGAAGCAGCAGGAAUUCAGAUUAUCGUCGACGGCUCUUUGGCCACCGGGUGGGCUCCCAGGCCCCCAUCGAGUAGACUCCCAGGGUGCUCAUGCAGGGCUUUUCCCGCCAUUUUUCACAGUACAGCAUCUAAGCGGCCAGUGGAACCUGAGGUGUGAAAGGGCGGGACCUAUAGGUUGAUAGCCAAUAAGGUGCAGGGAGGGGGAUGGGCUGGCCAAUGGUAGCUACUCUCUUCAGGGACUAAGGGUUCUGCGGUGAAUAGGCUCAGAGCCCUGGACUGAGUACUGAGAGCAGCAAGUGGUGCUGGGAAGGGUUGGCUGCAGCAGGUGCUGUCUAGGGUUACAACAAAGGUGUGAAGAAAGGAAGACGGCAACAACCGAGAAAUAAUGGAGAAGGUGCUGGAGCGCCAGAAUCUGACUGAUCACGACAGGGACCAGAGGGUUGUCAUGUUGGGCAUCUCAUCCCUCAACUGUAAAAUAAUAGCUAAGGAUUCCUUCUUGA